UAUUGUUUAUAUAGUUUACGGUAACAAAUCAUAACAAAGUCUUCGUAUAUACACAAGCCGGAGAAAAUAUCAGAAAUUGAAGUAUCUCUGUUAAGUGUUUCUCUUAAUGUUGCAAUUUUCUUUCUUUGACGUCUGUUUCAAGAUACUUGAAAGAUGGGUUGGAUAUUAGAGGUAGCCAAGAUGUGUCUGUAUAUAUCGUUCCCUGUGGGAAUAUUUCAUUAUGUCAAUCAGCCAGCUUAUUUUGAUAAACAUGUGAUAAAGGCUAAAGAAAAACACUACCCACCGGAGAGUAGAAAAGCAAGUGAGGAAAUGGAAAACUUUAUUCGCGAUUUCAAUGCUAACAUUGAAAAGGAACGUUUGGAAGCUAUGGAAAGACAAUAUGCAAGCAGAUGAGGAGAUAAUAUUAUUAUAAUGUUUUUAAUUAUAUAAUAUCAUAUAUAUAUAUAUUGUAUAGAAGGGAAUACCUUAGUGAAGUUAAUAAUAUGACAUAAAAAUAUUAAUAAACUAUUUAUAAUCCU